AUGUGGGUGGUGGUUGACAAACCGCAACCACCCAGAAACAUGUUGACGACUAUGCAAGAUCCCGUGCAACUGUGCGACACUGUGGUGCAUGUUGUGUCUUUGCCACCUGGCAUUCGCAGUUCUUGGAAAGGACCGCCCCGGUACAGCGUGUCCUGGCUCUACAAGCAGGAUGAUGACGGAGCCGGUGACAAUCUGCCUUGGGAACAGUUUUGGGAAGAACUUGGAUGCUGGCCAGUCAUCAGUCUCCAAGUGCCCAAAGGAGAUGAUCCAAUGACGUACAGUGAAAGUCCGGAUUUCUUGCAAAUUCUUCAAGUGCUCGAGCAUCUGCAGUCUACGCCUCCGAUUGCACAGCAGGCAGCAGAGCAAUUGGUGAGGUGGUUAAAGCCCUAUGGCAAGUUCUAUUCAAAGUACUUCCCAGAGAAGCCCACUCAGAUACACCUUCCUCCAAGCUCCUUUGCAGUGGUUUUUGGCAACAGUCCCUGGAUGCCCUCCUUGAAGAAGAACAGAUUACUCACACUGAACGAAGGAUGGAUCAGCAGGUCAUCCUCCGAUGACAAGAAGAAUAAUGUCAACAACAAGCUUCUGAACACCACCUUGAAGACUUUGCGAAGAACUGGGAGUUUCUACCUUGGGUUUGGGAUCGACCCACAGCACGAAUCCUGGUGCGGACACUCAAAUCGUUCACUGGAAGGCCUGUGGCGAUUAGCCUUCAGCAUGCCAUUCAGUUCUACGACGCCCUUGCCAAAGCGUUGA